CCCGGGUGAGCGCGCGGGGCUCCAGACGUUCCGGGUGGCAGAGGCAGAAGAACUUCCGGAAGGUGCCGUGGAUGUCUGACUAGCUCCCAUGGAGCUCCACUGCCUUGCUAGGAAGCGCAGCCAGACAGAUCUGAGCAAUGCCAUGGACUGGAGUUCAGGAGGGCCUCCUGGUGACCCAGCAGAUGUAGCAGCCACAAGAGCUGCUCUCUGCUGCCAGAGACACUGCACAUCUGCACCAAGAGCGGCUGGAAUGGAAGGGUCUAGACUUAGCCCCUCUCAAGCAUCCCCUUCCCCCUCUCAGCAAGACAGUGCUGCCCUGCCAGACUCUUUCUCACCAGGACCUUUUGACUUGGGGAGCAGCCAAAUAGCAACAGAACGGAAAGUCUGCAACUGCUGCAGCCAGGAAUUAGAAACUUCUUUUACUUACGUAGACGAGAAUGUCAACUUGGAGCAGCGGAAUCAGAGAUCCCCUUCAGCAAAAGGAAGUAGUCAUCCCGGAGACCUUGGCUGGGGAAAUCCAAAUGACUGGUCCCAAGAGGCCGCCAUAUCCCUGAUAUCUGAAGAUGAAGAUGACACAAGUUCGGAAGCUGUGUCUUCAGGGAAGUCUGUAGACUAUGGUUUUAUCAGUGCCAUCUUGUUCUUGGUCACUGGCAUCUUGCUGGUGAUCAUCUCUUACAUUGUGCCACGGGAAGUGACUGUGGAUCCCAACACGGUGGCAGCCCGGGAGAUGGAGCGCUUAGAGAAGGAGAGUGCAAGGCUGGGGGCUCACCUGGACCGCUGUGUCAUCGCUGGGCUCUGCCUCCUCACUCUGGGGGGCGUCGUUCUGUCCUGUCUGCUGAUGAUGUCUAUGUGGAAGGGGGAGCUCUAUCGUCGCAACAGGUUUGCUUCUUCCAAAGAGUCUGCCAAACUCUACGGUUCUUUCAACUUCAGGAUGAAAACCAGCACUAAUGAAAACACCCUGGAACUGUCCUUGGUGGAGGAGGAUGCUCUCGCUGUACAGAAUUAAUUCUGGUUGUGAACUUCUGGAGAGUCUGCCCUGACAUUUUUGUAAAGAAAAAAGAAAAUCCCAUUUUUUAAAAUAACAAUGCAGUUUAUUUAUUUAUGUAUUUAUUUCACAAACCAAUAGCCAGUAAGUGGUUUUGUUUUUCGUGUAUCUUUUCUUUAGAAGAAAAGCCAUGUAAGAUGCUGGAGAAACCACAACCAGCCACAGCAAUGCUUCUAAAGAACUGAAGACUAAUCUCUAAUGGCCAUGAGCUUGUACUUCUAUCACAAAAUUUUUUCUGACAGUCCAAUGUACAAAUGAUUUCUUCUACAUGAAUAUGGGGGUAUUCUUUGGAUACAUGGAGGUCCUAAACAUUGUGGGAUCAGUCAGUAAUCUAUUUUGUGAAAAAUAGAUUAAGCAUUAAUCACAUAAUAAGGCUCAUAUUUAAUUCUCCAAGGUGCUUAUCCAUUUUCUUGCUAAAUUUUUCUGCCCGUGAUUUGGCUAAAUACUAAAAUACAGAGUUUUUAAUUUGAAUAUUUUGAAGCUUGAGGAUGUUGAUAUUUUUA